AUGUAUAGUUGUCUCGCUUCGACUACUAGCGGUCCUUCAACUUAUUUUAGCAGCCAGUGGUCGCAACUCGGCUCCCGUCCUAUGUCGAGUGAGGCUCGCCUUUUAAUACAUGCUCAUCGGCACCUUUAUCUGGUCGCAUCGGGCGCUUCUGCAAGCCUUCUUUUGCCCCAUGAUGUUUCUGAAGGGGUUAUCAGCCCCCCAUCUGAGAUUGAUUCGCCAGGAGCUAACAGGGAUGUGGAUCAGCUCUUCUCAAUUGAUAAAAGUUCGGUUGGCAUUGUAGCGGGCCCUAGUCUACUUGCCCAUACUUGCCAGCCUUUACUGGCCCCUUUCGAUUUUGCUCUCAGCUUCACUCGUGUAUUCUGCCCUGAAUUGUGGCCCAAAAGCUUGUCUGCCUCUCUGGCUUUACAAGAGUGGCGUCUAUUGGUGCGUGAUGAGCUUUCAAUCACAAUGACUCAUGCUUCUUUGCAACUCACUAUACUACUCGUAACUGCCGCAGUCCAUAGAAUUUCGAGACUUACCCUGAUGUCUUUCUACUCUGGUCUGUAUACAUGCAAUGAAGAAAGUAGAGGAGCUGUCGGAAAACAGCAGCUCGGUUGCAUCAGCAGAAUCGGGUGUAAAAGACCCGCAGGUGCCACUGACCCUAGAACAGGAAAUCGGCAGCAACAGCAUUUGUCCUACGACUGUCGUGUCCUCCUGCCGCCCUCAGCUUGCUUCGGUCAUAAGACAUACUGCUACUUUAGUCUGCAUAGCUCGCCUCUCUGGUCUUCUGCUGCAGAGGGUAUGUUCUUGUACUAUUUAGUAAAACAGAUUACCUUAAUCGUACACUAA